AUGAUUAAGGACCUAAAGAAAAAAUUUAGGCUAAAUAUGCUAGGCUUGAUUGAAACAAAAAAGAGUACAGUCACAAAAUUUGAGGUAGUAAGCUUCUGGGGGCAAGAUAAUGUUGGGUGGGAAUAUGUUGAGUCGGAUGGUGCUUCAGGUGGUUUGCUGUUAAUGUGGGACGAAAUGUGUUUUAAAAUGAAUAAUUGUUAUAAAGGGGACAGAUGGUUAUCCGUAGAAGGGAUCAUUUUGAAGAACAAUUUUUACUGUGCUUUUUUCUUGGUUUAUGGUGCCCAUGUUAGAGACGAAAAACUUGUUGUGUGGGAAGAGCUGAGUUACACAGCUGGUUUAUGUCAAGUCCCUUGUUGUUUCAUGGGAGACUUUAACGAAAUUAUACAGGCAGAGGAAAGAAAAGGUAAUGCCAGCUUGUCCAUUUCUGCUGAAGAGUUUAAGAGCUGGGUGCAAGAUAUGCUCUUGGUGGACUUACCGCUGACUGACCGGACGUUUACUUGGUUCAGAGGAUGGUCUUGUAGCAGGAUUGAUAGAGUCCUGGUUAAUCUAGAAUGGAUGGAGGAGUUCCCGGAGAUUCGCUUGAGAGGAGGACCACGGGGUUUGUUAGAUCACUGCCCGAUGAUAGUAGAGGAUACUAGCAUGAGAUAUGGUCCUAGACCGUUCCGGAGUCUUGACUCAUGGUUUACACAUGAAGGUUUUCUAAGAGUGGUCAAGGAAGAAUGGAAGGGGUUAGGGAAUUUACAACUCACAGAUAAAUUGAAGGCCUUGACGAUUCCUCUGGGAAAAUGGCACACAGAUAACUUUGGCGACAUGGAUAAGAAAAUUAUGAAGUUUGAGGAGGAAAUUAAAAAGGUAGAUGACAUGGUAAGCAUGGGACUAUAUGAUGGAACAGUGGAGGCAAGAAGAAAGGCAUUGGUGACUUGCUGUGAGAAGUAG